UUCAGAUAGUCGAUGGAGAACACUGACCCGUCGCUUGAAAAGUACUUUCGAGCCCAUAAAGACACAAUAACAUCAAUAAGUUUCAACCCUACCGGCAAACAAGCUGCAUCUGGGUCUUACGAUAGCAGCCUAAUAGUAUGGAACCUCAAGCAUAACCAGAGUCAGAACCGGUCUUUUCGGUACCAAGGUCAUGAAGAUGCGGUAAUGGACGUUCGGUUUUCCCCGAACGGACAAUUAGUCGCUAGUGCUUCCAGAGACAAAACAGUUCGGCUUUGGGUGCCAACUAUAAAAGGUGAAAGUUCUAGUUUCAAAGCACACACUUCAACCGUCAGAUCUGUGGACUUCUCACAUGAUGGUGAGCUUUUAUGCACAUCGUCUGAUGACAAAACAGUCAAACUAUUCACUGUUCAUCGACAAAAGUUCCAGUUUUCUCUAAGCGGCCAUUCGAAUUGGGUACGCGUUGCAAGGUUUGCUCCGGAUUCAAGGAUCUUAGUCUCAGGAAGCGAUGACAAAACCAUAAAAAUUUGGGAUAAGUCAACCAAGGAAUGUGUUCAUACAUUCAAUGAACUUAAUUGUCACGUGAACAGUUUGAUGUUUCACCCUAGCGGCACUUGCAUCGCAGCUGGAAACUCGGAUUCGACUAUAAAGAUAUGGGAUAUCAGAACCAACAAGCUACUUCAACAUUAUCAAACACAUACCGAUGAGGUUAACUCAGUAUGUCUUCAUCCUUCUGGAAAUUUGCUCAUUUCAGCGUCAUCUGAUUCGACCUUGAAAUUGUUUGACCUUUUAGAAGGUCGUCUUAUUUAUACUCUUCAUGGUCAUCAACCUAAAAAAGCAGUUGCGGUCGCGUUUAGUCACUGCGGUGAGUAUUUUGCUUCCGGGGGAGCGGAUAACCAGUUGUUAUACUGGAAGACUAACUUAUCAAGCUACUUCAACCAGGAAAACAAUCAAGAAAAUCAAGCAGCCCCGGGGCGCGUGUAUAAUACUGGUACAAAUGAUGCAUUUCCAAGUGGGGUGAUUUCGUCUGUUAAUAAUCCGAACCGGCCAAUGAUGUCACAUCCGCAUCAACCGAGUGUAUACGAUUCGAAAGCAAAAUCAGUGGUUUUCGGUGGGGGCUCAAUUCCAAUUUCAUCAGCGCGUUCGGUUCUGAACCCAACUGGCGACACUGUCAAUCAUGUGAUUAACGAAGUGGAUUACAACCCGCCACAGUCGCCGCCUCAUACGAAUAAAAGCAGCUCAAACGCGAGUACGAUGAAUGAGAGUAAGAAAAUGAACCUAGCUCUGAGUCAAAUUAUAUCACAGCUUGAUACUCUUACUCAAACCGUCGCCAUUUUGGAACAAAGACUCACGAAUGUGGAAAAUAAGAUAGCCGACGUUGUUGCUCACCCGAGCUCAACUCAUAUGCCGAAAUCAUCACAUCACAAAUAAACGAAUGAUUUGAGUCACCGGAGAUUUAGAUCACAUUAGCGUGCAAUUAUUGAUGCAAAUGAACUUGCCUUAACUACUUAGUAUUAGCUACAAAAGUAGCCUUAUGAUUAGUGUGCCUUUAUGUAGUGAAUCUGUGAAAGUUUUUACUGUAGCGGAUUCAGAAUAUAGACGUUUCUUUGUUUCUUGAUUAAAUGAAAAGCAAUACAACACAAACUUGCUCAGAAAAAAGCUCAAAUUUUUUGGAUUC